AUGCAAGGAAACAAUCCAAUUUGGCCCAACACUAAACCACAAUUUUCAGGCAAUGAAUCUUCUUUCAAAGAUGAUAAUUUUUCUAACGAGCAACCAACCAAUGGAACAUUUCAAUAUGUUUUGAAAAAUCCCAGACCUAUGACUUUGGGACAAAGUAUUUCUCACGGAUCGGCUACCAUAAAAAAUAUUCAAAAAUAUUCAAAUGAAGUUAAUCAACAUUUGCUAAAUAAAAAUAUCCCUCAAACAUCACAGAGCAGAAUUCUCAAUCAUUUAAAUCAGGAAAAUAUGAAAUCAUGUUCAAGUGAAAAUUUUAUUAUUAACCUUGAUGGCAAUAAUGAGCAGUCAGGGUCAACUGUAGAGCCUUACUUAAACAGAACAGUUUCUGAUUACUGCACAAUUGAUUUUAAUUCAAUUGAAAAUAAUAGUAGAUUUCAAAAUAAUAAUAAUUUUAAUUUGCAAUUCAACAGUAAUAGUAAUCAUUCUAAUGUAUUUGCCAAUUCAUCUAGUAGCAAUAUUACUAAUACUAAUAAUAAUGAACAUGAAAUCGAAACUUCCUCAAAUCAAGAAAAUAAUGAAAUUCAAGCAAAUGCAAAUUUAAAUUUAAAUUCUGAAAUUCAAUCAUUGAAUAAAUUUAUUCACAAAUACAUUCCAUUCAUAACAUUUCUUUUGUUAAAAGCUUUAUACGAUCAUAGAGAAGGAGUAUUUAUUUUUAUAGGGUUAUUAAUAACAUUUACUCAUGCAAAUUCGGUUGUUAAAAGAGAAAUAGCUAAACAAAGUCGCAGAAGUCUUUGGUCUUUAAGCAUAUUAUUUCUUAAUCUUUUUAUUUGUAUAUGCUUUAUAUAUUAUGUUUUUCAGGAACAAAAACUUUAUAAAAGUUUAAUUCUUAUUCCGCCAUAUUACCAUCCAAUAAACGUUUGGGAAUUGUUGUGGAUAGUUUGUAUAACAGACUUUGUGUUAAAAUUUAUUACAAUUCAAAUUAAGGCUGGAAUGGCUUGUUUUCCUUCGAAAUUAUUACCUUAUGCUUCUAGAGGAAAAUGGUUUCUUAUGUUAGAAUGCAGCUCUCAACUGUACAGGGGUAUAGUCCCCAUUCAGCCUUGGCUAUAUUAUUUUAUGGAAGCUUAUCAAGGUUCAGAAAAAGUGAUAGGAGUAAUUUUUUCUUUGGCCUAUGUUGUAUCUAAAGGUACCGAAAUAAUUGUUAGGGCAAAUCAUUUUAUGAAAGCUUUCCUAAAACUUCUGCGAAAUGUGAGUUUAGGAGUACGCCCAAGCAAAGAACAAUUAGACACAGCCGGCUCUCAAUGUCCAAUCUGUCAUGAUGAGUAUUGCUUUCCAAUUUUAUUACAAUGUCGACAUGUUUUUUGUGAAGCAUGCGUCACUACUUGGUUUGACAGGGAACAAACAUGUCCUUUAUGUAGAACUAAGAUAGUUGAUGAUCCAUCGUGGAGGGAUGGCGCUACGUCUUUUUAUUCACAAUUAUUUUAA